AUGUCCGACAACUACGGCAGCUAUCAAACUGAGAUCUACGGCAAGGGUGCCCUGAUGGGCAUCCUGCCCGGCGUAACCACCGACCCCCGCAAAUUGGAAGAGCAAGCUCGGGAAUCCCUGGGUAUUCGCUCUUUCAACUAUGUCGCCGGUGGAGCAGGCGAGAAAUCCACUAUGGAUAGCAAUCGACAGGCAUUUCGACAAUGGAAGCUGCAAGUAUCCCUUUGCCGUGAGCAAGAUGUCUCGGUCGAACUAUUCGGUCAGAAAUACGAGAAUCCACUCAUCGUAGCCCCGGUCGGCGUCCAAGGAAUCUUCCACGAAGAUAAGGAAACCGGUUUGGCCGAGGUAUGCGGCGAAGUCGGCGUGCCGUAUACGAUGAGCACAGCUAGUACGAGUUCGAUUGAAGAUGUCGCGGCAGCCAACAAGGAUGGAAAACGCUGGUAUCAGCUGUACUGGCCGCGGGAUAACAACGUCACUCUCUCGAUGCUGAAACGCGCCCGGGAGAACGGGUUCUCGGUUCUUGUUGUCACGCUGGAUACGUGGUCGUUGGCUUGGCGGCCGGCGGAUCUGGAUAAUGGUUAUGUCCCUUUUAUUAAGGGGGUGGGGAAUGAGGUUGGGUUCACUGAUCCGGUUUUCCGGGCGAAGUUUGAGAAAGAGACUGGGUCGAAGGUUGAGGAUGAUAUUCUUGGGGCGUCGAGGGCGUGGAUUGGGGAUAUUUUUGCUGGGGCGCCUCAUUCGUGGGAGGAUUUAGAGUUCCUUCGGAAGAAUUGGGAUGGGCCAUUGGUUUUGAAGGGGAUUCAGCAUGUGGAUGAUGCGAGAUUGGCGGUCAAGGCUGGUUGUGAUGGCAUUGUCGUCUCGAAUCAUGGAGGCCGACAAGUGGACGGGGCCAUUGGGUCGUUGGAUGUGCUUCCGGAGAUAGUUGAUGCGGUCGGAAACCAAUUGACAGUCUUGUUUGAUUCGGGGAUUCGGACGGGGUCGGAUGUGAUCAAGGCCCUGUGCCUGGGAGCCAAGGCGGUCCUGGUUGGUCGGCCGGUGAUUUACGGGUUAAGCAUUCAGGGCCGAGAAGGGGCCAGACAAGUACUCCGGGGACUUUUGGCAGAUCUGUGGCAGAAUAUGGGACUGUCAGGAAUCCGGACAGUGGAAGACUGUAAUCGCAGUCAAAUUCGCCGAGUUGAGAGUGUGAAGGCGAUGAUGUAG